AUGCCACUUUACGACGAUCCAGCAGCUGCAGCACAAUAUGCACAAUACGCUACUGAUUCAGCUCUUGCCCAAACUAAUGGCGUAGAAACUGCAGCUGAAGACACAACGGAACCAACUUCUCAGAAAUCAGAAUUAGAACGCUAUUGGGAAAUCGUCAAGGCUAAUCCAGAUGACUUUGUAUCAUGGGAAUAUUUAAUUAGGAUUGCCGAAAGUGCAGAGGAUGGUUUAACACCAAAAUCGCCGGCAGAGAAUAUAACUAAUAUGCGUGAAGUAUUUGAUCAAUUCUUGGCCAAAUUUCCUUUAUGUUUUGGCUAUUGGAAGAAAUAUGCAGAUUUUGAAUUCACCAUACAGGGUCCAACUGAGGCUGAAAAGAUUUAUGAACGUGGUGUCGCUGCUAUAGCAAAUUCAGUUGACCUUUGGACACAAUAUUGUGCAUUUAGAAUCGAGCAUUAUCCUGAUGAUUUAGAGGCUAUAAGAGGAGAUAUCUCAGCUACAAUCCAGUCAGGAUGGCACAAUAAUAUGAAUGAAGGAAUCGCAAGGGCAUUAGAAUUUGCCGGUUUAUUCGAACGUGGUGCUGCUUACGUAGGACUUGAUUUCCUUUCCCAUUUAUUUUGGGAUAAAUAUAUUGAAUUUGAGAAAUCAAUGCAAGAUUAUGUUCGCGUUAUGAAAAUACUAGAUAGGAUCAUUCGUAUUCCUAUUCACCAGUAUACUAGAUUUUUUGAAGAUUUUAAUAAUUUGCUCAGCACACGACCAAUCACUGAAUUAUUGUCCCCUGAACAAUAUAAAGAAUAUGAAGAAGAAGUAAAGGCAGCUCCUCUACCCCCAACUGAAGAAACAGAAGGCGAACAACAAUCACCACCUACAGAAAAGACAGAAGAUCAAAUUCAAAAUGAUAUUCGAACACGUGUUUAUAAUCUUUGUGUGGAUAAUUAUACCAGAACACAUAUUGAAGUUAACAAACGUUGGGUAUUUGAACAAGAGAUUAAAAGACCUUACUUUCAUGUAAAGGAAAUGGAUGUUCCUCAGUUAACUAAUUGGAGAAGGUACCUUGACUUUGAAGAAAGUGAGG